AUGGCCAAGCUGAGACACGCUAAGUCGACGGUCAUGAACGCAAAGUUCGUGCCUAUCUCGACAGUUGGGAUAUGGUCAAGCAGGGACACGCUAAGUCGACCAGUCAUGAACGCAAAGUUCGUACCUAUCUUAACUGCAUUCGGUGGCAGCUGGGACACGCUAAACGAUAAUAUGAUUCAAGAACAUGUUAAUGAACGUAAUACCUUGGUGGAAGAACAGCAUAACGAGAUCUUAAAAAAUGCAAUAGUACGAGAUCAAGUUGUACGAACUACACUUACAAAACACCUAUCAGAAUACAGUACAGAUCACAGAGAGGAACGCCCAAGAAAACGAUUGAAUAAGGAGAACCCAGCUUUCGAUGACAAAUCAAAGUUAGAUCCAGAUGAUACAGAAGAUCUUUACAACAUUGAAACACUCGAUAUAGAUCCAAACAUCACAUUUACAGAAUCUGAGUUAUAUGAGCAGAUACCUUUCCAGAAACACUUAAAGUACCCCAACAAAGACAGUCAAAAAGAUAUUUGGUUAUUACCUUCUGGAAAAUCUAUUAAAGAAGUAAUUCGUGGUCCUGAAAAUUUACAUAAAUCUCACCCGUCAUAUCUAGGUAUUAUACGUGUUGGUGCAAGAGUUCGUAAACCAGAAUGGAUUGAAAAAAAUGACUGGAAUUAUUUACAAGCUAGCAUUGAAUAUCCAAAUUAUAAUUUGUCUUCUGAUGUAGAAAAUCUUAUUACUGCAUUAUUAGAGACUAACUCGUUAACGGAGUAUAAGCAAUGUCUUCGUAAAGCCAAAUUCGAUGAAAUCGAUAAGGAAAUGGAAUUCGUAACAGAUGUCCUUAUGUGGUUUAUGAAUAAAAAUGAAGCAAUUUUGGGCUCACUUAUGAUUCAUCCGGUGUUACAGUAUCUUACAAAUGCAGUAACUAGUCGUCCUGUAUAUGUACCGGGUGAGAUUUGUCUUAAAGCUAGUGCAAACCAGCGAUUAUUACGACGUAAUCUCAAACCUACAGAUGACAAGCCCUUAGGUAUGAAGGUUGAUGGUUUUUUCCAGUCCCCUGGUGAUAAAGGACCUGAAUUAGGCAUGAUAGAAUUAUCCGGUGGCUAUUUGACCUUUGAUAUGCCUCGCUAUCUGAAGGAUCACGUAAAGGGAUAUUGGGGCACUCGUGACCUCCUUAAUGAUAUAUUUACAAAGUUUAAUCGUGGUGACUACGAAAUUAUGAGGCAUCUGCGAACCUGGUUUCUUCAUGUGCAUGGACUAAAUGUACAAGUAUGGGGAAUGGAUUUACCUGUCUCAAAGACUUACCGAAUGUUUCUCAUUGGUACCUUUCGGCUUCCAAUCAGUUGGGAGGACCAUCAUGAACUAGUACAUGCACUGAGGAUCCUGUGGAAUCUUGGAAUGGGCUUAGAUGAUACCAUUAAGGUAUUAGAAGAUCUUAGAAAGUCACAUCGCCGAAAUUCAGCUUUGCGUUCUCAAACUUCAGCAUUAAAAAACUAUAUGGGUGAUGUUAAAAAUACACCGGAAAAACCUAAAGGAAAAAAUUCGCGUAUAAUAAAUCCGCUCGUGUAUGAUGAUUAUGAUGACCACCUUCACCAUCACCAUCAGGACACCUUUAUUAAUAAUUUUAAAAUGGGUGCAUGUUACAAAUGCGAAAAAACAAUAAAGAUAUGA